AUGAGAAGUGUUUCGACAAAGUUUGUUCCACACUUGUUCACUGCUGAUCAGAAAGGCAAUUGUUUGGCAGCUUGUCAGGCUUUGAAAGAACAUUUGAAAAAUGAUCCAGACUUGUUUUCUAAGGUGAUAACUGGUGAUGAAUCAUGGUGUUAUAGUUACGAUCCAGAAACCAAAUGUCAAUCCAGCCAGUGGAAAACAUCACAGGAUCUCCUCAUCCCCAAAAAAGUAAGACAAGUGAAAUCGAAUCUGAAAACCACGUUAAUAUGUUUUUUUGAUGUGAAAGGAAUUGUUCAUUCUGAAUUCAUCCAUCCAGGCUAA